GGCAUCUCAUCUUCCCAAAGAAAGAAAUGAAAAAUAUGCAAAACCCCGUCGCGUAACCGUUAGUCCAGAUCGAACGCCUUCUCUUCUCAAUCGUCAAUCCGAUGCCAAAAAACAGUAAAAUACAUUUUGGGACAGAUCAAUUUUGGAAAUACCUAGUGGGUCCCAAAUUAUUUCAUCUAUCUCGCAAGUUGUCCUUUUCUCUCUCACGAGUCUCUCCUUCUCUCUCUCGCUGUGUAGAAGAAGAAGAAGAAGAAAGGAGCAAAGUAAUGUAGUUCCCCAGAUUCUAUGGUGUUCUCUGAUCUCCAGUGCUCAAACACUCAGCUGCAGGAUAUUGAAUUCACAACAAUGAGUCGCAAACUCAUAUAUUUCAGUGAAGGAUGGGAAUAUGUCAAGAAAGGGAUCACAAAGCUAAGGCUGGUUGCAGAAGGAUCAGAGCCUCCGUUCACAGCAGAAGAAUAUAUGUUGCUGCACACAACUAUCUUUAACAUGUGUACUCAAAAGCCCCCCUAUGAUUAUUCUAAAGAGCUUUAUAGAAAAUAUCAGGAGACAUGUCAUGAAUAUUACAGGGACACGUGUGAAGAAUUUAUUGCUUCAACAAAUCAACCUGAUGAGUUUGUUUUGCGGGAGCUUGUCAAAAUAUGGGAACAUCACAAACUCAUGGUUUAUUGGCUGCCAGGAAUCUUUGCUUAUCUUGAUCGCUACUUUGUCCCCCGAGAGAAACUUUCUACACUAAAUGAAUUAGUUGCAGUUAACCGCUUUCAUGAUUUGGUUUAUCAGAGGGUAAAUGCUAAGGUCAGAGAUGCUAUAGUUCAUCUUAUUGAUAAAGAGCGCAGUGGAGAGGAAAUUGAUAGAGCAGCAGUGAAGAAAGCAGUAGAUGUAAUUGUUGAAAUUGGAAUGGGAACAGUGAAUGCUUAUGAAAGCGACUUUGAAUCAGACUUACUAAGAAAUGCUGGUGAGUAUUACUCCCGUAAAGCAUCAAGUUGGAUUUUGGAGGUAAAAUCUGAUGCAGAUUAUAUGUCGAAGGCUGAGGAGUGCUUGCGGAAAGAGAGGGAUAGGGCUUCACAUUGCUUCCAUGCAAGUAGUGAGCGUAAGCUGGUCCAGAGAGUGCAACAUGAGCUCUUUGAACCUCUCGCUAGCAUAUUUAAACAGAAAGUUACUGCUGAGGGUGCAACCAUGGUUCGAGAUGCUGCAAAAGACAAGGCUUCUUCAGAUGGAGCUGGCCUGGCAGAACAGGUCCUUGUCAAAAAUUUAAUCAAGCUGCACGAUAAGCAUAUGGCAUAUGUCAAUCAUUGCUUUAAAAACUACUAUCCCUUUCGCAAGGCUUUGAAGGAGGCUUUUGAGGUAUUUUGCAAUAGAGAUGUUACUGGGAUUUCAAGUGCUGAAUUACUUGCUGCUUUCUGUGAUAAUCUCCUCAAAAGCAGAAGGAAUGAGAUGGUGAUGGGUGAGCAGGAAAUAGAAGAAACUCUUGAAAAGGUUGUCAGUACGUUGCUUCCUUAUCUGAGUGACAAAGACCUUUUUGCAGAAUUCUACAGGAAAAGACUUGCUCGUCGUCUCUUGUUUGAUCAUUGUCUUAGCAAGGACCAUGAAGAGAGAAUUUUGACACAGAUGAAGCAGCAAUGUGGUGCGCCUUUCACCUCAAAGAUGGAGGGAAUGGUCACUGAUUUGGCAUUGAGUGAGGACAUUCAGGUGAGGUUUCAGGAAUAUCUGCAGAGUAAUCCAAAUGUAAAUCAUCUGGAGAUGGAUUUGACUGUGACUGUUCUUACAACUGGUUUCUGGCCAAGUUAUAAAUCAUUUGAUGUUAAUAUUCCUGAAGAGUUGGUGAGAUGUGUUGAAGUUUUCAAAGGAUUCUAUGAAACAAAAACGAAGCACAGAAAGCUUACAUGGGUUUACUCAUUGGGCUCGUGCAACAUUGUUGGGAAGUUUGAGCCAAAAAAAGUUGAAUUGGUUGUAUCAACCUAUCAGGCUGCUCUCCUCCUACUCUUCAAUACUGCAGAUAGAUUGAGCUAUUCAGAAAUAGCAACUGGGUUAAACCUUAACCACGACGACUUGGUUAGAAUUCUUCAUUCACUCUCAUGUGCUCAGUAUAAGAUUCUUAUCAAGAAGCCAAAUACAAAGACUAUCUCACCAAAUGACGACUUUGAGUUCAAUUCUAAGUUCACACACAGAAUGAGAAAAAUCAAGAUUCCUCUCCCACGAGUGGUGGAAGAAAGGAAAGAAGUAAUAGGUAAUGUAAACAACGAUAGACGUUAUGCUAUUGAUGCGGCAAUCGUGCGAAUUAUGAAGCGGCAAAAGGUUUUGGGUCAUCUACAAUUAGUUACAGAGUGUGUUGAGCAGUUGAGACAUACAUUCAAGCCUGACAUCAAAGCAAUCAAGAAGCGCAUUGAAGACCUUGUCACCCGUGACUACAUUGAGAGGGAUAAGAAAAACGCAACAGUAUAUAGUUAGUCUAAGAAGUGAUGGAAAUGAAGAAAAAGUUGAACUUUUUCUAUUUGCUUCCAAGGUCUUGUUAUUUACAGGUUUUUGUAGCUAUUUUCAUGGAAGUUUAUAUAUUUGAAGCCAUCAUCAAGUGGAAUAAGUUGCUUAAGACUUUGACAUGGUAGUCAACCAGAGGUAAGUAGGAAACUUUCCUUCAAUCUACCGUCUGACAUGUUAUACAAGCCCCCAUCUAUUAAUUUAUCCAAAGUGUUGCUGUUACGUUGGCAAAUCUGGCAAGCUACAAAUGAGUUUCGGAAUGUGAUUAUGCUUUCCUGCACCAGCCUCAACGCCAACUGGAAAUCAAGCCUGUGCAAUAGUAACUACUAGAUGAUGAUUCUCAGCUUCAAUUGAAUUUUGACAGCUGCGUAAACCAGAACCGUGAUGCUGCUACAGGUCUUGUUGUUCGAGACUCCAUUGGUAGUGUUUUGAUUGUGGGAGCAGGAAGUACUGGUACAAGCAUCCUUCUUCAAGCUGAAGGAAGUGCACUACUCAGGGAUCUUCUGCUACAAGGAAUGCUGGGUACCAGAAUACUAAUAUUGAAGGGUUACUCUAGGCUCUUGAUUGAUAUAUUGAAUGGAAAGGCCCAAAUCCCCUGGAAAAUGAACGCUCCCAUAAAUGCUGUCGAAAAUCGUUCUAUUCGUCGGAAAUUGUUCACACUCAACUGAUAAGGAAGGAAACACAGUUAUUGAAAUAAGCCCAACUUGGACAAGUUCACUCUCACUGAUACAAAAGUCUCAUUCAGGUUUAUCCCUCUGGAAGCAAUU